CGCGCGACAGGAAGUUUUCCUGAAAACAAGAGCGGAAGCUGAAUUUAUCCUGGAAACGGAUUAAAAUGUAAAAGUGUUGUUAUUGUUUUGAAUGUACCGGAGGCGAUAAGUGUUCAGAUGAUGUCGAACACGGCGAGGAGCGGGGACAUCAUCCACCUGAACGUCGGAGGGAAGAGGUUCAGCACCUCCAGACAGACCCUGACAUGGGUUCCUGACUCCUUUUUCUCCAGUCUGCUGAGUGGUCGGAUCUCGACUCUGAAGGAUGAAACCGGAGCUAUCUUCAUCGACAGGGACCCCUCUCUGUUCGCCACCAUCCUCAACUUCCUGCGGACCAAAGAGCUGCACCCCCGCUCCAUCAACGUGCACAUGCUCAUGCACGAGGCCGAGUUCUACGGCAUCACGCCGCUGGUGCGUAAGCUGCAGCUGUGUGACGAGCUGGACCGAUCCUCCUGUGGAAACGUGCUGUUCAACGGCUACCUGCCUCCACCAGUGUACCCAGCGAAGCGUCGUAACCGUCACAGCGUGGCGGGAUCGCAGUUCAUGGCGGGACGAGUCGUCGCUGCCGAGAGAGCACCGGUCAGACGCAGCAACACCAUGCCGCCCAACCUGGGGAAUUCUGGGAUACUCAGCAGAGCCAGCACUGAGGAGAGGACGCCUGGGGGUCAGGUAUCAGAUCCCGGCAUGGUUCGGAUCAUCUGUGGUCAUCACAACUGGAUCGCUGUGGCCUACGCUCAGUUUGUCGUGUGUUACAGGGUGAAGGAGUCCACCGGGUGGCAGCAGGUCUUCACCUCUCCUCGUCUGGAUUGGGUGAUCGACAGAGUCGCGCUCAACGCCAAAGUGAUGGCGGGUUCGCUGGGAGACAACGACAAGAUGGUGGCUGUGGCCUCGGGGACGGAGAUCAUCCUGUGGGCCAUCUGCCCGGACGGCAACGGAAACGAAAUCGGCGUCUUCAGUCUGAACGUGCCCGUGGAGGCUCUCUUCUUCGUUGGUAACCAGCUGAUCGCCACCAGCCACACUGGGAAGGUCGGGGUUUGGAACGCCGUCACCAAACACUGGCAGAAUCAGGACGUGGUUCCCAUCAGCAGCUACGACACCGCCGGCUCCUUCCUCAUCCUGGGCUGCAACAACGGAUCCAUCUACUACAUCGAUGUGCAGAAGUUUCCUCUGAGGAUGAAGGACAACGAUCUGCUGGUGACGGAGCUCUACAGAGACCCGACUGAAGACGCCAUCACCGCGCUCAGCGUCUAUCUGACGCCCAAAACAAGCGACAGCGGGAACUGGAUCGAGAUCGCGUACGGGACGAGCUCUGGGACGGUUCGAGUCAUCGUUCAGCAUCCGGAGACGGUCGGCUCGGGGCCGCAGCUCUUCCAGACCUUCUCUGUCCACCGCAGCCCCGUCACCAAGAUCAUGCUGUCUGAGAAACACCUGAUCUCAGUCUGUGCCGACAACAACCACGUGAGGACGUGGACGGUGACGCGGUUCAGAGGGAUGAUCUCCACCCAGCCGGGAUCCACGCCGCUCACCUCCUUCAAGAUCCUCAGCCUGGACGACGUCGACGGACACGGAGGCUGCAGCGCCGGGACAGAGAUCGGUCCAUACGGAGAGAGAGACGACCAGCAGGUGUUCAUCCAGAGAGUCGUACCGGACACCGAUAAACUCUAUGUGAGGCUGUCGUCCAAUGGGAAGAGGGUGUGUGAGGUGCGCUCGGUUGACGGCACCUCCAUCACGGCCUUCAUGGUCCACGAGUGUGAGGGCUCGAGUCGCAUCGGCUCUCGGCCCCGUCGAUACCUGUUCAGCGGCCAUGGCAACGGCAGCAUCCAGAUGUGGGACCUGACCACCGCCAUGGACAUCGCCGGCAAGGUCGACAUCAGAGCACUGGGCGGGCCAACAGAGGAGGAGCUGCUGGAGCUGUUGGACCAGUGUGACCUGGCUCUGACCAGAACACCUGACAGCACACCUAGAGCCUCCACCUGCAGUCUUCACUCUCAGCUCAGCGACAGCUUCAGGACGGAGCGUCUUCACUCUGCGGGAGGAGGACGAGGAGCCGGAGCCUCGGGUUCGUCCGCUUCGCUGUGCGGCAGCCUCCCCCGGCAGGCUCCGCCCCCUGUGCCCCUCACAAAACCCAUCAGAGACUCUGGCCUCUCAGCCGGGCCCGGAGCCGGACCGCAUUCCCUCGCCAUCCCCACCUACGGCCACAACUCCACAUCCAGCCCCAACCAGACCGCCAGCCCCCGGCCCAGACACGCGGAGCGAGACAGAGAGUGGGCGUCCGUCCGCAGGGGGAGCUUCGUGGAGCGCUGCCAGGAGCUCGCUAAGGGCUCAGAGGCGGCAGCAGGCUCUGGGUUCGGGGUCCCGGCGGGGGCAGAGGGCGUCAGGCGGAGCUUGGCAGUGUGCAGCGAGUUAGAAGCCAGAUUCGGCCUCAGGACCCCCAACACCUUCUCUGUGUCGCCUGGUGCACGUCACUCUCCAGGAACACCUUCAUCACUGUCAUCGUCGCCGUUAUCCUCCAACUCUUCACACCGCAGGGCCACGCCCACAUCCCCAACAAGCCCCGCCCCAGCUCCAGCCCCCACCGUGAGCCCAACCCAGUCUCAGGCACCCGUCUCACCUCGCCGCUGCACUGCAGCGUCUCCUGAUGAUUCUCCAGCUUCCCCCGAGAGCCCGGCGAGUCCGGACAGCCCCGCCGCCGGCCCGCCCACCAGCCCCAAACCACACAUGAAUGAGACCAGCUUCUGAUUGGCUGUUCAGACUCAACUCUGCGGACCAACAGUCGAGUCGAUCCUGAGAGCUGAUUCGUGUGUUCAGCUGGUUUGGAUUUCUGUCGUCACGUUGAGACGUAACAGCCAGCUGGCAGCCUGAAUGAACAGCCAAUCAGCCGUCAAACAGAGUUCUGUUGCCAUAGCGACCACAUGCUGGUUUCCUGGCCUCCAGGAGCUGAGAGUCUCCACUGUGUUACUAAAGCUGCACUAAUCAAUCGUUCUACAUUAUCAAUAAAUCAAUGACUGUAAUGUGAAAGGGCUCACUUGUAGAUCUAACCUGACGAGCCGCUAAGCCCCGCCCACUCAGCUGCUGUGGUUUAGCUGUCAAUCAUUCAGUUCUCAUUGGACAGCACAACGCUAACAAUGGCAGAUUUAAGAUCAACAGCUGGACAUGUUAGCUUUAGCCUCAGUCUGUUAGCAUGAUAUCAUUACUGGGCUCAUCUCACUGCGUCGGCGUUAGCUUAUCUCAGCUAGCUACCAAUGAUAAGAUCAGCUAGCUGAGAAAAUUAGCGGUCGUCUUCUGGAAAUGUAGGAGUUUCAAGAAUUAUGAAUUUAGAUUCACAUUAUCGUUGCAAACAGAACACGUAUGUGAGAACAGAAGAUCGACGGGGUAGCAACAGUAACUAAGGUGGGUGGGGCUUUUUGAAGCGUCUCUUUGUAGCUUCUGGUUUUGGUGUUUGUGGCACAUUUAUCUGAGACAGAUGUUUCCCUCAGGAGGGGGUGGAGAGCUGAAAAGAGCUGAAACGGGAGCAAACACUGGUCCGGUGGUGCUGCUGUGUGUUGUUCUGCCUCUGACGGUCAGAAAACAUCAGUUCACUGUAACUGAACUGUUUCGUAGCUUUUCAGGACCAACAGAGAAGGAAAGUCUUUCUAUCCAGAAUCUUUUUCUACUGCAGCCACAGUCUGUUUUAAAAAGUUUGUACAGAAACUUUAUUUUUUCACACUGUGAUGAACACAAACGCCUCGUCUUCAUCAGUUCAUUCUCAUCGAGCCGAGCCCGAACGCCUCGCCGUCACAGUCCGUCAGGUGUGAACACCUGCAGUCUGAACCCUCAGCAAGGCGAUUAUUGAUUACCUGGAAAGAACGUUUGGCAACUACAAAAUAUUUGUACUUUUUACUUCAUUCAUCUGACAGCUUUAGUUACUCUGAACAUUCGGAUCAAUCGACUGCUAACGUACGAUGUAGUUUUAUAUGAUAUUUAUUGAUCUGUGGAGGUAAAUUCACAACCUGUCCGACAUCAGCUCCACCUUCACCUGCUGCAGCAUUAAACACAUGAAUCAUCAUCAAUAAUCAUUCAGGAAGGUGAUUAAUAUGAUUCUGAAUGAGACAUCAUGCAUGAUGGUUACUGCUUCUGUUGGUACUUGAAGUAUGUUUUGAUUCUUGUACUUUCAAGUAGAACUUUUUACUUGUAACAGAGUAUUUUUACUCUGGUUUCCUGCUUUUACUGAAGUAAAAGUUGUGAGAACUUUAUUCGAGGUGGCGUUAGUUGAAUUGUAGAAUUAGGAAUGGUUGUCACAUACAGCUGGAAAGUGAUGACGCAGUAAAUCUUUUAGUUUCCUUCCAUCAUACGUUCAGACUUCUGACCGUAAGAUCCUGAACAUUCAACUGAAAAAGUCUUGAACUCGGUGAACCUGCAGAACUCUGAAUUGGUCUGUUUGACGACGUUCUUUCCAGGAAGCUCGUGAGCAGAGUUCAGAGCUGUGACAGGAAGCGUUCACGUUCACGUUCACGGUUUCGUCUCUGGUUGCGUCUCUGGUUUGUCUCUGGUUGCGUCUCUGGUUGCGUCUCUGGUGUCUCCUGCUGUCGUCUUCCUGCUCUCACUCUUUUCUUUCUAAACCUUCACGUUCUCGUCUAACGUUUGCGUCCAAAAUUUGUUGAUUUUCUUUCCAGAUUAAUCUGUAAAUAAUCAUCAGUUUUAGCUCUAAAAAUACCAAACGUGUUGCUUUUCUUUAAAAAUGUGAAUCUUCUGACAUCACGAGGAUUUUCACUGUUUUCUGACAUUUUAUAGACAAGAUUAAUAAAAACAAUCCUGAGAUUAAAUAAGAAUCUAAUUAGUUGUUAGUUGCAGCCCAGUUUUCUUUAUAUAGAAUUUCAGAUUCUUGUCAUUUAAUUUUUUUUCUCGUGUGGAUUUCCGUGUUUCCUACAACCUGUGAACGCAGCAUUUGUGCUUCUGAACUGUUGAUGUUUGUCUGUUUUGAACAUGAAACUUUAUUGACUCCAGGUAUGUAAACAGCUCAUAGUGAAUGUAGAGAAACUGUCGUCACAGCUGAACUCAGAUCAGCAGAUUUUUGAUCUGAAGCUGUUCGAUGCGUCACAUUGUUUGAAUAUUCAUGUUUUUUUACAGCUUUAAUAACCGUGUUUGUAUUUAAACAAUUAAAAGAAUCGACUCGUUAAA